GCCAGAGGUCAGCAUCGUCCUGACAGACUGUUUCUGUCAGCAGCGGACCAGAUCAUCUGCUAAAACGCACCCUGGUUUUGUUGUUUUUCCAUUCAACUUCUCGUUUUGUUUUGAUUUUUUUACGAUUUCAGUCCUAUUCUGGUUUGGUUUCGGGUCAGGUUUAAGGGAUAGUGUUUCCGCCGUGGGUUCGGAUGCGCAGUGCGCUGCUGGCUGCUGCAGUAAACCGAGCCAUCCGAACCUGCAGCGCAGAGAAUAAUCACACACUUUCUGGUUGAACUGGACUUCACUUAUGAGGGRUAAACUGACCCGAUGAGACAUUUCUAAGGAUUCCCUGAUCCUUUUUCAAAUUAAACUCAGCGCUACCCAGCAUCAUCUACUUUUCUGCAAGAGAAGCGCGUUUCAGCUUAUUUUAUUUUUUUUAAUCUCUUGAUGGCUUCAGCUGCGAAGGAGCCGUCAGCUCUUUAAACCUCCACAGAAUGACGGACACCCAGGAGACCGCGGACGCCGAGGACCUGGCUCCGUCUGGCCGGGGCGGGAAUGUCGAGCUCCGGCCGCCGUGCGAUCGCCUCCCCGGCCCCAAGAGCAGCGUGUGCUCCCGCUCGUACUUCGUGUUGGUGAUGGUGUUUUUUCACGUCUACAUCAUCAAUGUCAUAGCGCUGCUGUUCUACGUGCACUACAGCAGCGGGCAGGAGGACGCGGGCCGGGGUCGUGACGCGGCUCCUCCCAGCGACGGCCGCCUCCUCCAGCGCCCCGCCGCCGCCGCCGGUGCCGCGGGCUCGAGACGUCCGGCGCCGUCCAAACCCGACUUUACGCGCGACGUUUCGCUGACGAGACUCGAGGGAAUCAGGGUGGGACACGUGCAGAAGGUGUCACUGGUGCCGGGCAAGGUGCACGAGAUGCGGACUCUGAGCCUGAAACCACUGCUGUUUGAGAUCCCUGGGUUUUUGUCCGCUGAUGAGUGCCGUGUGGUGAUGCAGCUGGCCCAGCUGAAGGGUCUGAUGGAGAGUCAGCUGAUGGUCCAAGAAGGUCAAGAAGAACUGGCCAAAGAGCUCAAUCUCAGCCCAGAGGAGAUAUUUAACCUUCUUGAUAUUAACCAAGAUGGACAACUGCAGCUUCAAGAGAUAUUGACUCAUUCUCGGGUGAGGGAUGGCAUCUGGCUCACUCCGGAGAAUCUACGAAAAAUUUACGCCGGGCUCAAGGCUGACAAGGACAAUAACGGUUUGCUGAGCCUUGAGGAGUACCGGCUCCUCAGCGGUGAUGCCUUCCAGCGCUUUCUGCUGCAGCAAGGGGUGAAGAGGAGCCAGCUGGUGAGGAACAGCAGGCACACCUGGUUGUAUCAGGGCAAAGGAGCUCACCAGGUUCUCCAAGAAAUUAAGCAAAGGGUGACUCRCCUCACUCGAAUGCCGUCCGCACUUGUGGAACUCAGUGAACCACUUCAGGUGGUUCGUUAUGAGGAGGGGGGGCACUACCACGCCCACCAAGACAGCGGGCCUGUCUACCCCGAGACAGCGUGUUCACACACACGCCUCGCGGCCAAUACCUCCACGCCUUUCGAGACGUCGUGCAGGUACAUCACAGUUCUCUUCUACCUGAACUCUGUUGAUGGGGGCGGGGAGACCGCAUUCCCUGUGGCAGACAACAGGACCUAUGAUGAAGUGUCUCUCAUACAGAACGACGUGGAUCUCAUGGACACCAGAAGAAACUGUGAUAAGAGUAACCUGAGAGUGAAGCCCACCACAGGGACAGCUGUUUUCUGGUACAACUACCUCUCUGAUGGAAAAGGUUGGGUCGGAGAGCAGGAUGAGUAUGCUCUGCACGGAGGCUGCGUGGUCACCCRUGGCACAAAGUGGAUUGCCAAUAAAUGGAUCAACGUUGAUCCGGAUUACCAGCGGCAGGCUCGCUACCAACAGCUGGUGUCCCAGCUGCCUGGAGAUGAAAAUGAUGAAGAAUCGGCUCAGAACCCAGAAACACACAGUUCCAGAAUUCAUCAAGAUUUGUAGCUCAAACACCAAAUAAUUACAAAUGUAAAAAAAGAUAAAAACGUCUUCCUAGUCUUCCUCCGUCCUCUGCACAACAUUUUAGUUAUCAUCCUCUGUGGCUGGUUUGUAGAUACAAGAUUUCAGGGAAUGAGGYCACAGUGGAUUUUUGAAAAAAAAAAAGUAAAAAAAAUAGAUGCUUUUAGAUACAUUUUUAAAAUAAACAGUUUUAACCUUAUUUCCAGUUUUAGGAGUCUUGCACUAGAACGUAUCCCAAUGAGUUGUGAUUUAAAACUGUUAAUGUGGGGUUUUAGUGACAUCUAGUGGCAAAAUGUGACAUUACAAGCAGAUUAUUGUUCCCCUCUCAAUUUGUGUAGGAGAAAUGAGGUUUUCAAGAAACAGAUUCCUUAUACACUCAUAUUAUUUUUCUGCCACUAGAUUUCCCUAAAUGAUCCAAACAGAAAUUAACACACAUCUUUGCAUGCUUUAUGUUAUGUCGUAACAUAACAUGCUUAUGUUGUGUUACGUCCCGGCUUACGCUGAGCCGUGUCGUAACACUUUUUCUCAACACAUUUUGCUGUUGCUGUGAGAAAACUGUUUGCACUAGAAUACUGCGAUGGCUGCCAUUACCAAAAGAAGCUCACACUCUGAGUGUGAUGCAUGAUGYCUUGCCUUUGUUCCUUCAGUUGUAUGAAUGCACAACGAAUUAAAAUGCACAAGAUGUCCAGAUUCCUUUUUGUUUAUUUAUCAAGUGAUUGUUUCAAGUGCACACUCUCGUUUCUUCACCAAAUAAAAUUAAAUUAAGCUAA